AUGAGUGCCCUCGGAUUUCAAGGCAGACCUCUGGUAUGGAUUGAUUGCGAGAUGACUGGUCUCAACCCCGAGACCGACAGAAUAAUUGAAAUCGCCGUAUUGAUAACAAACGGAAACUUAGAUCUGGUGGAUAAAGCUGGGUGCCAAUAUGUUGUGAAGACAGAUAAACACGUUUUGGACAACAUGGGCGAAUGGUGUGUGAACCAGCACGGAAAGUCUGGUCUAACCCAAGAAGCGAUCGACUCACCUCACUCGCCAGUUGAAGUGGCAGAGCACGUUCUAGAGUACAUCAAACGUUGGGUACCAGAGCCGCAUACAGCAUUGCUGGCUGGUAACACUGUGCACGCCGACGCGAUGUUUCUGAGGGCGAAAGGGCCAGAUUCAAUAGGCUUUCCGAAGGGUGUCUGGAGUGGUAUAAUAGAGCACCUUCAUUACCGUAUAGUUGACGUUAGCACUAUCAAGGAACUAUGCUGCAGUUGGUAUCCGGAUGUAGCAAAGAAAUACAAAGAACAGACAAAAAAAGAAUCAGCGCAUCGUGCAUUGGAUGAUAUUCAGGAUUCGAUUGACGGUAGAUCUGAUCAAAUGACAUCCCUCGGCUUCAGCGAUGGCCCAUUAAUUCGAGUUGACCUUGAGACAACCGGUCUUGACGCAAAGACAUACAGAAUCUUGGAAAUUGCCGUCCUUAUCACCAAUGGGAAUCUCGAUUUAAUUGACGAACAAGGGUGUCAUUACGUUGUGAAGUCUGGUCCUGAGGCACUAAACGAGUGA